UGCCUUGACAGUGGUCGGUGGUUACUAAAAGCCUCGGACUCGCGCCGGACCAAACGAACAGCAGCUGAGCAGCAGGACGAGCGGCAGCGACGCCAUGACGUCACACACAGCGUCCCGCGGCACGAUCACGGUGACGGGGCUCGAGGAGUUCCUGAGGGAGCCUCCUGCGGGCUUCUCCGUGCAGGAGGCUCCCGGCGCGGGCCACCGGGUCCGCAGCGACCCGGAGAAGAGCCUGGUGCUCAUCGAUGACUUCCGCUCCUGCAGAGGGAGAGUGGUUUUCGACAACUCGCCUGGAAGGAAAGUUAAGGUGCACAACUUGUGGCAGUACACCAGCAUGAGGAAGAGCCUGUUGUCCAAGAGGAUCUACCUGCUGAUGUCCGCCUGCCGAGGGAACCUCUCAGCCGGCAACAGAAAGGCAGCCGCUGGAGCCACAGCGCUGGAGCGGUACGUGGUGUCCAUCGACGGCGGCGACCCUUUAAUCAGGUGGCAGAUGGAGCGAGGCCUGGACUGGACCAUCUCCUCUGUGGCCGGGGAGAGCUACAGGGUGGACGUAAGCGGGACUUUGCGGCCUCUCUGUCGUACCUGUCGCUCUUCUACCGCUCAGUCAGGUAUCGACCUGACUGAAGCACUGGAGAGCUGGGCAGCGGAAAACAUAGAAGGGGAACCUGUCUGGAGCGAUGCCUCCUUCACCCUCAAAUACUAUUCCGACGCCCUCUUCGAUUUCCCACACUGGUUCGGCUUCAGCAGAAGACACUUCAAGGUGAGACGAUGAGAGAGAUGAGCCGGCGGCGGACGAAGAGCUCGGAUAAAUCGAGUGAGACCUGCGCAGUCUUUGGUUCCGGUCUCUCGCGGACAUUUUGAAAAAAGGGGGUUCAUUGAUCAACAGACGAACGGUUUCGGCGGCAACGUGCCAGGUGAAGGACCAGCCCACCUCUUGGGGCCGCAGUGCGCGUUCCGAGCAUAUCUUGUGGUCGGCGGACGGAAACUACUGACGGCGACAAUUAAAAAAAGGUUAUUUAGUCCAAUCAUAUGUCGAAAUGGAUUUUGGAAGGAUGUUGUUUUUGGAAGUAAACACACACUCACGUCGUGAUUUGCACACUUUUUAAAAAAAUUUUAUUGUGUUGUAUUUGCCACUACAAAAUCAAAUGUUUUAUCACAAGUUUGUACCAUGUGUUUAUGGAGAAGUUUUCUAUAUUUCAACCGAAACUCGAAUAAGCUCUAACAAUAAAUCCCCUUGCACAACGACAAAAGCAGGACAAACGUGUUUUAAUGCAACAGGUCUCAUCGGUUUAAGGGCGAAUGUGGGCAGGUGUCGGGACACGCGCCGGUCUACGGGAUGAGGAGAAGAGCAGACGCGGCGCUGGUGAUGGUCUGCACGUGCUCCUGAUAGUCGCUGCCGAAGUAGCGCCACAGCAGGUAGUUGAAGAUGCCCACGAUGCACAUGAGGGACAGGAAGAAGAUGAUGCGUUUCCCAAACAGGUAGCCUGGGGUGCUGCACAGGUAGAAAAAAAGAGAAAAAUGGUUACAGCCCGCCUCUUCACUCUCCCAGAGCGUUGAUCGCUCGUGUUCAUUCACCUUUGAGAGGUUUGUCCCAAGUAUCCGACGAAGUACUUCUGCCUGACCAUGAGAUAGAUGAUCCCAGCGAAGGCGGCAGGAGCUUCAAACACGAUGAGCAGAGUUAAGAGGCGGGAAGAAUGAAUCUGAAACGUAAACCUGGCAGAGAACACGGCAACGGACUCCUACUCUGACCUACUACAGACGCCACAAAAACUCAGGGUCAAUUUUAAAUGUGUUUUUUUUUUUUUUUUUUUAUGCUACUUGAAUGCGUUAAGAGACGAGUGGAGCUCUCGGGUGUUGGA